CAACCAUCAGAGGUUUACUUCCAUAACUUUUAGUUACAAUUAGUGGGUCGCAGCCAUCUGAUUGGUCGAGAGCAGCGGUGAUGUCACAGCCUGUUGACGUCCUGCUUAAUGUGCAGCAGCCCUCGUUCCUGGUUCGCCACACAAAGCAGCUGUGGAUCGAUCAGUGAGGAGUGAGGACCAGAACCAGUGGCUCGGGAGAGCGCGUCACGAUGGGAGCACCGUGUAGAGGCGCGUGAAUGACCCGGACCUGGAGUGGCACAAAGCGCAGCAGCCCACCAUGGAGGACGGUGGUGCGUCCUCACCGGUCGCUUUUCACAAUGGCACCGCGGACAACGCGCCCGACACCUCCGCCGCGUCGGAGCAGUGGACAGCGGGUAUGAGCGUGGUGAUGGCCCUAAUCGUCGUGUUCAUCGUGUUCGGGAACAUACUGGUCAUCGUGGCCAUUGCCAGGACGCACAGGCUGCAGACCCUCACCAACGUGUUCAUCGUGUCGCUGGCCAGCGCAGACCUCAUCAUGGGGCUGCUGGUGGUGCCGAUCGGUGCCACUCUGGAGGUGCGCGGCACCUGGCUUUACGGCUCCUUCUUCUGCGAGUUCUGGAUCUCCGUGGACGUCCUGUGCGUCACGGCCAGCAUCGAGACCCUGUGCGUAAUCGCCAUAGACAGAUACGUGGCCAUCACGUCGCCUUUCCGUUACCAAAGCCUGCUGACCAAAUCCCGGGCCAGAGCCGUGGUGUGCGUGGUGUGGGCCAUCUCCGCACUGGUUUCCUUCCUCCCCAUCAUGAUGCACUGGUCGCGGGACAGCGUGGACACCCGCUGCUACGAAGACCCGCAGUGCUGCGACUUCGUCACUAACAAAGCCUAUGCCAUCUCCUCAUCCAUCAUCUCUUUCUACAUCCCUCUGCUCGUCAUGAUCUUCGUUUACGCACGCGUGUACCGAGAGGCGAAGAAUCAUCUGAGGAAAAUCGACAAGUGCGAGGGCAGGUUUCACAACACCUUAACCGGACUCUCCUCCAAGUACAAGAAGAAGCCGUCCAGGAUGAUGGCCCUGCGGGAGCAGAAGGCUCUCAAGACUCUGGGCAUCAUCAUGGGGACCUUCACCCUCUGCUGGCUGCCUUUCUUCAUAGUCAACGUGGUGCGCGUCUUUUGCGCAGAGGUGGUGGACAAAGACGUGUUCGUCUUCUUAAACUGGCUCGGCUACGUCAACUCAGCCUUUAACCCCAUCAUUUACAGCCGCAGCCCGGACUUCAGGAAGGCGUUCAAGCGGCUGCUGUGCUGCCCCAGGCAGGCGGACCGCAGGUUGCACAUCAGCUUCGGCGACCUGUCCCGGUACUCAGGUGUCUUUGUUUCCACCAUGGAGACAGGCGCGCUGGGCAUGUGGACAGACUGUCCCAGCCUGGACCCGGCUGCCAUCAGACUGAAUGUGCCAAAAUCCGAGUCGCAGUUCUGAGAUGGAAAUGAUGAAACUUUUUUUUUUUACUAGGAUGGAUUUACAGUGAGAAUUUGCGUCUGAAAGGAUUGCAGAGGAUCGUUCCACUUACGUCACAUCCAAACACAUAUUUCGAUAUUUCUGCAUCCGCAUCGUCUUUCCGCCUAAAUACUUGAGGUUCACCUUAACAGACAGUUGAUUUGUCACGGACUGUAAACGGUCUGUGGUCCGCAGGAAUGGUUUCAAAAGCACUGUAAACCGGAUGAACUAACUAGACCUAAAAACAAACAAACAAAAAAAAAAAAAAACAGUUGCCACAAUUAUUGUGGACUGACUUUAAACAAACAUGACAUUUCUUUUACUUUGUUUACAUUUAAUUAUGUUGGUCAAUAUUGUUAACACAAUAUUUGUACUGUAAUUAUAUAUUUCCUGGUAUUAUUAUUAUUCCAUUACAUUAUUACAUUAUUACAUUUUUAAAAUGUUUUUGUGUGUGUAACCAGUCUUUUCAAACAUCUUCCUUUAAAACAUUCAUGUUUGUCUUUGCAUUCAGACUUGUUUUUUGUUUUUUUUAUACUCAGACUUUUCUGCCUCCCUUUUCUGCACUUUUUAAAUCUGUUGGUCUCUUUUUUGUCUAUCCUACAAUUCUGUUUUCUUUUUAGCAGCAGGUUCUUCAACUGCUUUGUAUAUAGGAACUUCUUAUAUUUAUUUAAAAAAAAAGAUUGAAUUGGUGUAAGACUAAUUCUUUGUUUUUAUAAGUAUAAAAAUGACGCGUUUUUAAAAUAUAUAUAUAUAUAUAUAUAUUUCCUCUGUAUUUGUCAUUCCCAGAAAUAAGCCAGACGGUAUGUAGAAAACUUUAAAGGAAUUUUAAAAAAUGUCAUAUGAACUGAUUGGCAAAAUAACAACAGAUUCUUUAAUUUAAAGUUUACAUUUACUUUAUAUUAUUAUAUGAUGAUGAUCUGAUGACAAUACACUGUGUUUGUUUAUGGUUCAAUUAUGUAUUUUCUAUUUUAAACAAAUUAUUUUGUGAUCUUGUGUAUGUUGUCGUGGAGUCCUUGGGGUUAAGGACCGUUAGUGUAAAAACGAACAAAAUGACAGGGACGACAUGGCCGAACACUGACACCAAACAUCUGUUCACAUGGAUUUUUAUGGAUUUAUUGAAUGCACUGUUCUUUUCUAACAAAUGACAGUGAAGCCGGUGGAUGAUUAGAACUUAAUAUAUUAUGGUCUGUGGAUGGCAGAGUGACCUAUGACCCCGGUCAUAGGUCCCAGCUCCGUGGUAGUUCUCAGUAAUUGUCUCCCAUUUAACAAACUGACUGGUUUGGCUGUUACCUCACAGACAUCGGCAAGUGCAAUUUGUGCUGCAAAUAUUUGUUUAUAUUAAACAUGGCAUAUGUAUAAUGGACAUUUAUUUAUUCAUAAAUCUGUCAGAACCAACGUGGGGUUCCUUUUUUGUAUAUAUUAUUGGUGGAGUUUUGGUACCAAAAUGAGGAGUUUGAGCCUCGUCCUUUUGUCUCGUUCCCUUAUUUAAGCUUUACUCGCUGUCGUGAGGUGAUGUUUUAACUUCUGUGAAAUAAAAACCGCGUUAACUCUUGA